AUGCUGAUUAAUUUUGAGCCGAACCUUUUCGCCUAUCAAGCGACCAUCCCCUAUCUUCUCGAGCAGAAUGACACUACAAGCACCUGGACGCUGUGCACAGGCGCAAGCAGAGACAAUGGGAGUCGCGUAGCAGCCAGCAUAACACAGGGCACGCUAUUUUCCCUGGCGAACGUGGCAUGUCUUGACAACGCGGACACGAAUAUCCGCUUCAACGAGAUCUAUCUCGGCUGGUUUGUGAUGGCAAGUGAUGCAGCGGACCCGUACGGGACAAUGAAAUCGUCGGCGUUUGCAAUUGCGUACGAGAGGAUCUUGGCCCUCCCGGACAUCAAAGGUUGCCGCGUGUGGGUGUGCCAGCCGGAGGAUUUGAGGGAGUUGAGGUUCACGAAGAAGUUGGAGCAGGUGGCGGGUAGUGUGAUUUAG